AUGAAAAAUAGCGUUGAGAGAUCCAAAUGCUCACUUCCUAGAUUGAAAGAUUAUUCUAAGGAGAAAGCUGAGAAACUUAAAUCCUUUUUUCGAUCGAAUAGAAGUAUCUCGGAAAAUAAAAUUAUUCAAAGCAAACUAAAAACAUCGAAAUUGCUGUAUAAUAAUGAAUUUUCUGACGAUAAUAAUGUGAUGGCAUAUUAUAUGAAGAGCAGUGAAAAACUAAUUGAAAUGAGACAGAUUAUUAACAGCACUUCAGUAAUAUCAGAUCAAGAGGAAACUAAAAGGAAGAAUUAUCCUUUGGGGUUGUUAAAACACAGUUUUUCUCCUUUUAAAUAGAUGAAAACUGAUUCUUUAGUCGAGUAAUUUAGGGACGAAGAACCAAAGGAUAUAAAUGAAAUGGAUUAGUAGUCAUUUUAAAAAGAAUAGAGCCAAAACGAGGAUUUAGAUUAUGACAUGUUAAGUGAGGAAAGCAGUUAUGAUGAGCCGACAAGAUUUGAUGGGGUUGAGUUACAAUAGGAAAUCAAAAAAAUUCAGCACAAAUUACAUCAGGAAAUUGAUUAAUCAUAUUUUUACUUCAUUAAACGACAAGAUAGGUUAAAAGAUUUGGCGAUAAAUUUCAAUAAAAAAAAUGUGGAUCCCAUAAAUUUCUAUUGUCUCAAUGAUAACAUUUUCCCAAAAAGAAUAGAUCUUUCGAAUUGUCUUGUAAAUAAUAAGGAAAUGCACUUUUCUGAUCUUGGAUUGACUGAGAAAUAUUUUCCUUUGAUAAAAAAUUUGUUGCAGUCAGUGAAGAGCAGGGCAGUCAAAUAACUAUUCUUAUGUAAUAAUCAAUUAGACGAAAAAUCACUAUUGUAUUUGAUUGAGGGAUUUCCCAUGGCAUUAAAAGAGAUUAACUUGGGAAACAAUGUUUUGGGCAAAAGAGGAGCAAGUAUCAUUGCUAAUCACAUAUCAAAAUUCUCAAAUUUGAAAACUCUAAAUCUACAAAAUAAUCUAUUAGGGGAUAAAGGAGGGUCUAUAUUGCUUAGCAACAUACAAAAAAACAUGACUAUUAAAAGGCUAAAUUUGUCUGAAAAUUAAAUUACUGACUCUUGUUCGACUGUGUUUUAUUAGUUUUUAUUGUAGAAUAGCUUUAUUGAAAAUUUGGUGUUGAAUUGGAAUCAAUUGGGUCCAAUAACAGGAACCAUGAUAGCAAAAGGUUUACAACAAAAUAGGUCAGUAAAGGUUUUAGAUCUUAGUUACAAUCAUUUAGGAUAGAAUGAAAGAAGUAAUUGCAUCCAAUGUUGGUGUGAAGCAAUAAACAACCCACAAUUCUCUUUAGUCCAUUUGGAUAUUUCAUACAACCAAUUGAGUGAGAAAUAGUUAAGGUAAUUCAGCCAAGCUUUGUUAAAAAAUAACGGUUUGUAUGGGUUGCAUAUUGAAGGCAAUAAGUGUUCUGCAAAGGUGGAUCCUUAUGGGUUCAUCCAAUUUACUAAUGAUAAAGAAGAAUUUAAAGUAGUAUAAUAAAAAAAAAAUGUUAUAGAUGGAGUAAACUACAUUCCAAUGUAAGGGGAUAGUGUGUUUGGGAAUGAUUGUUGUUGGAUUUGCUAAGGGUGGAUGGAGUAUCGAUUUCAAUACAAUCCAGAAAAUGAUAGCAAUCAGGAUCCAAUCUUUAUCCAUCUUGAUUUCCUAGAUUAUUAGCCAAUCCCAAUGACCAGUAGUUACGAAUUGAGACAAUAAUUGAUUGAAGCAUCUAAAAGAAAAAGUAGUUACUAAGAUCUUACGACUGGUGAAAUUAUACAUCAACUGAAAUAAUUGGUCAACAAUGAAAAAAGGAUCACCCUAGCAGCAAUAACAGAAGCUUACACUGAGGAAACUAGUAAAAAGAGCGAAGAAAUUACUAAACAAAUGAUAUAAGAAUUAAGUAGGUUUUACUAUACUACUUAUUAAAUGUGUCCUCCGAAGAAGAAAAUAUUGUAUUUCUUUUCCAAUCCUAUUCGAGAAGAAUAUUUUGUUGAUCCUAGAGUUAUGACUAUGCCAGCUCCUUUGGACAAUUUAAUACUCCAAGGCAAAGACCCUAAGCACUCUAUUCACAUAUUCCAAGAUGGAACUAAAUUGGCUUUUAAGAAAAUCCAAUAUGUUAAUUACAUAUACUCACGACAGGAAUAUAUAAUUGAUGACAAAGAUAACUAUAAACCUCUGAUUAAGGUAUUCCCUAGGUCAUCAUAGAAGAAAUAUGUUUUGAGGAGAUUUGCCAAUUUUUUAGUCAGAAAAUAGGCUCAUCUCAUUAAGUGGAAUAAGGAAGAUUCCAUUUUCAGACCAUAUAUUGGAGAUACUGAGGAAUUGUUAAAUGACUGUUUUGAAUAUGAUUGGAGUAGUAGUAAAAUUAGUAGAUUUGUUAAGAGUGAUUACGAAAAAUUGAAAUUAAGGGAAUAUUUCAGAUCUAAUUAUCAGCUUUUGAAGGAUGUCUACAAAUUUUAUUCUAGUUUAGGUUAUUAGCCACCCAACUUUGAUGUGUUUUGUAUAUAGAUCCCUUAAUACAUGAAACUAGUUAAUAAAUUAGCCAUUAUUGAUGGGGAUUUGUUAAAAUAGUAGGAUGUUGAAAUCGAUAUUGUUUCAUUAAAGAAUAAUACAGAUCCAAAGUUUAUUUAUAAUCCUGAUAAAGCCUUAGUUAGAUAUCAGUUUUUGGAAAUGUUCUUUAGGAUUGCUAAUGACAAAUAUAUUAGAAAUGACAUUUACAAGAGUUAUGCUGAUGCUCUCUUUAGGUUACUGAAGGAAUUCAAAGAGUAAUAUGAAUACUUUGACACUAUUUAAGAAUGGAGAACUCAAAGAUUGUGGUCAAGGGAAUGCGAUCAUCUAUUAUAAAUUAAAAUGCCAUUUGUAAAGAAGCUUUAUGAUUAUGUCACUGAUAUUGCAAAUAGAAAGUGGUAUUUCAAAUUAAAAUGGAUUUCAAUCAGAGAAUUCAAGGAAUUUUGCAGAUAAUUCAAUCUUCAUGAAUAUUUAUCAGAGAAACAAUAGGUCAUCAUCUACAAUUUCUCAAUGAUGACUCAAGUGGAUGAAUUGACAUUAGAUAGAAAUAUAAGAAUGACUUUUAUUGAGUUCGUUGAAGCAUUGGGACGUAUAGCCGAGAGGAUCAGUGCUGCUCCUAUCACUGAUGUAGCUGACAACUAUACUCUAUUAUAGAGAUAAUUGUUGCCAUUGCAUAUCAAGCUAGAAACCCUAUUGACAUAUUUAUAUUACUAAAUGAAGCAAAAAGAUAUAGAAUAUGAGCAGUUUUGUGAUUUAUUUGUAUAUUUCAAGCCAGAUCAUUCGCCCAAGAUUAGCAUGCCAAAAGUAGAUAAAACUAAGAAACCUGAGAAAGAUCACGACUAUCACAACGUAAUUUCUUCAUUCACACUUUAUAAUGCAGUCUCGUAUUUAAAUUAGAAUAAACUGCCCUACUUGAAUCCAAAAUAUAAACAAUUUCUAAAGCAAAAUGUAAUACAAACUGCUCCCAUUCGCCCUUUUCAACAUAUUUUUUAAAGCGAUAGAAUACGAAAACCAAGAGCGAUGCCAGAUCCUUAUAUUUUGGAAUAAAGAUCAAAUUAACUACAGUAGAACAAACAAUAAAGUCCAAAUAUGUAAACAACUCUCUCUUAAAAUGCAUGA